AACACAAUUAUCCAUUCACUCAUUCAUUCAAUACAUUCUCAGUUAGCAGUUAGCAGUGCAGUGAGUUUUACUUCUUUCUUGUUUGGUUUCUCCUUUUUGAGUGUCCAAACAGAUUCCGUUAUCCCCUGAGUAUGGCGUUGCCGGUGGUGGUCGACUCAGAGUACCUCAAGGAGGUCGACAAGGCUCGCCGCGAUCUCCGUGCACUAAUCGCUAACAGGAACUGCGCUCCUCUCAUGCUUCGCCUAGCCUGGCACGAUGCCGGCACUUACGAUGCCAAAACCAAGACCGGUGGACCUAACGGUUCUAUCCGGAACGAGGAAGAGUUUUCUCACGGUUCCAACAAUGGCUUGAAAAAGGCUAUUGAUUUCUGCGAGGAAGUGAAGGAAAAACAUCCUAAGAUUACGUACGCAGAUCUUUACCAGCUUGCUGGUGUUGUUGCAGUUGAGGUUACGGGGGGUCCCACAAUUGAUUUUGUCCCUGGUAGAAAGGAUUCAAAAGUAUCCCCUAAAGAAGGGCGGCUUCCUGAUGCUAAACAAGGUGUUUCACAUCUCCGUGAUAUCUUCUAUCGAAUGGGCUUGACUGAUCGAGAUAUCGUUGCACUGUCUGGAGGGCAUACGCUGGGGAGAGCACAUCCAGAGAGAUCAGGGUUUGAUGGACCUUGGACGGAGGACCCUCUGAAGUUUGAUAACUCGUACUUUGUGGAACUUUUGAAAGGCGAGUAUAUUGGGCUGCUCAAACUUCCAACAGACAAGGCUUUGUUGGAGGACCCUGAAUUUCGCCGUUACGUUGAACUAUAUGCGAAGGACGAGGAUGCAUUUUUCAGGGAUUAUGCUGAAUCGCAUAAGAAACUUUCAGAGCUAGGCUUUGUGCCAAGUUCAAAGGCGAUUUCUAUUAAGGAUGGGACCGUACUGGCACAAGGUGCUGUAGGAGUUGUAGUUACUGCGGCGGUGGUGAUCCUCAGUUACUUGUAUGAAGUUCGCAAAAGGGGGAAGUAGACCGGGACCUGUUCAUCUCUCUUGGAUGUUACAUUUGGUUGACCCCGACCCAUUAUGUGCAAAAUAGGGUUCAUUUUUGCAGCUUCAGUUUCUGUUUACUUGGCACCAAUAAAGAAUAAUGCCACAGCCACUCUGACUUUUAUAUGAAUAGACUAAAAAUAUCCUGAAUACUCAA